AUGCAGAAUGGGGGCGAAGAGGUGCAGCCGCCACGCUUAUCCUCAACCAGAAUGGGGGCAGGCGGGGACCAGAAUGGGGGCCAGGGGGAAGAGGCGCAGCCGCGAAGAGGUGCAGCCGCCACGCUUAUCCUCAACCAGAAUGGGGGCCAGGGGGAAGAGGCGCAGCCGCGAAGAGGUGCAGCCGCCACGCUUAUCCUCAACCAGAAUGGGGGCCAGGGGGAAGAGGCGAAGAGGUGCAGCCGCCACGCUUAUCCUCAAUCAGAAUGGGGGCGAAGAGGUGCAGCCGCCACGCUUAUCCUCAACCAGAAUGGGGGCAGGGGGAAGAGGCGAAGAGGUGCAGCCGCCACGCUUAUCCUCAACCAGAAUGGGGGCCAGGGGGAAGAGCGAAGAGGUGCAGCCGCCACGCUUAUCCUCAACCAGAAUGGGGGCCAGAGGCGGAAGAGGCGAAGAGGUCCAGCCGCCACGCUUAUCCUCAACCAGAAUGGGGGUGCAGCCGCCACGCUUAUCCUCAACCAGAAUGGGGCGAAGAGGUGCAGUCGCUACGCUUAUCCUCAACCAGAAUGGGGGCGAAGAGGUGCAGCCGCCACGCUUAUCCUCAACCAGAAUGGGGGCCAGAGUCGGAAGAGGCGAAGAGGUGCAGCCGCCACGCUUAUCCUCAACCAGAAGAAUGGGGGCCAGGAGGAAGAGGCGCAGCCGCGAAGAGGUGCAGCCGCCACGCUUAUCCUCAACCAGAAUGGGGGCCAGGGGGAAGGCGCAGCCGCCACGCUUAUCCUCAACCAGAAUAGGGGCUGCAGCCGCCACGCUUACAACAAGAAUGGGGGCCAGGGGGAAGAGGCGAAGAGGUGCACGCUUAUCCUCAACCAGAAUGGGGGCCAGGGGGGAGAGGCGCAGCCGCGAAGAGGUGCAGCCGCCACGCUUAUUAUCCUCAACCAGAAUGGGGGCCAGGGGGAAGAGGCGCAGCCGCGAGGAGGUGCAGCCGCCACGCUUAUCCUCAACCAGAAUGGGGGCCAGGCGGAAGAGCGAAGAGGUGCAGCCGCCACGCUUAUCCUCAACCAGAAUGGGGGCCAGGGGGAAGAGCGAAGAGGUGCAGCUGCCACGCUUAUCCUCAACGAGAAUGGGGGCCAGGGGGAAGAGGCGAAGAGGUCCAGCCGCUACGCUUAUCCUCAACCAGAAUGGGGGCGAAGAGGUGCAGCCGCCACGCUUAUCCUCAACCAGAAUGGGGCGCUUAUCCUCAAAGAGGGGGCCAGCCGCCAGGCGCAGCCGCGAAGAGGUGCAGCCGCCACGCUUAUCCUCAACCAGAAUGGGGGCCAGAGGCGGAAGAGGCGAAGAGGUGCAGCCGCCACGCUUAUCCUCAACCAGAAUGGGGGCCAGGGGGAAGAGGCGCGAAGAGGUGCAGCCGCCACGCUUAUCCUCAACCAGAAUGGGGGCGAGGUGCAGCCGCCGCUUAUCCUCAACCAGAAUGGGGGCCAGGGGGAAGAGGGGGAAGAGGCGCAGCCGCCACUUAUCCGGUGCCAGGCGAAGAGGUGCGUUAUCCUCAACCAAUCUGGGUCCCCGGUGCGUGGUGUCAACUUGAAGAAGACGGAGGUGCAUGGUCUCAACCUGAAGAAGACAGAGGGGCGUGGUCUCAACCUCAAGAAGACAGAGGCGGGGACAAGGCCGGAGGUCAACCAAAGUGCAGGUCUCAACCUGAAGAAGACGGAGGUGCGUUAUAUCCUCAACCAAUAUGCGUGGUGUCAACCUGUGAAGAAGACGGAGGUGCGUUAUAUCCUCAACCAAUAUGCGUGGUGUCAACCUGUGAAGAAGACGGAGCGGGGACAAGGCCCGUGGUCCCAGUCCGAAGAGGACGGAGGCGGAGACGAGGCCACAGAGGGCUUAUCCUCAACCCAUAUGGGUGCAUGGUCCCAAUCUGAAGAAGACAGAGGCGGAGACAAGGUGCAUGGUCUCAACCUGAAGAAGACAGAGGCGGAGACAAGGCCGGAGCGCAUAUCCUCAACCAACAUGGGGGACACGGCCGGAGCGCUUAUCCUCAACCAAUACAGGGUGCCAGGGUCGUGGUCUCAACCUGAAGAAGACAGAGGCGGGGACAAGGCCGAAGCGCUUAUCCUCAACCAAUAUGGGGUCCCAGGUGCGUUAUCCUCAACCAUUAUGGGGUCCCAGGUGCGUGGUCUCAACCUGAAGAAGACGGAGGCGCACGCAGAAGUGGUGCGCUUAUCCUCAACCAAUAUGGGGCACCAGGUGCUUAUCUUCAACCUGAAGAAAGACAGAGACGGGACGAGGCCGGAGGGCUCGCAUGCAGAAGUGGCUGGCUUAUCCUCAACCAAUAUGGGGUACCAGCUAGUUCCGCUCACGUGGGCUCAAUGUGAAGAGUCGUAG